GAAUCACCACGAUUCGUGCGGAUGGAUCUCAACAUGCUUUCCAUUUUCUUGGCAAUUUGCUGGCUCUACAAGAUACUCGUCCUCUGGAAAGUUGUGCAUAGGAUUUCCUAUCUCGUCAACGUUCAGUAUUUCGCGAAUAAAAAGAGAAAUUUCGAAAACAACAAGCCUAUAAUACAUCGCAUCAAUAACCAAUCAAUACUGCGUAUUCGUCGUAUCGUAACUGUUUUCGUGGUGGUAUAUCUAGCAUGUUGGACACCAUAUUGGUUUCUUUUCUGUUUUCUUUCAGUGGUCCAAAUUUUACACAGAUGGAUGGUAGUCGUGUCGGCGUUCACUCAUCUUUUACCGUACAUCGCUUGCACCGCUUAUCCAAUAAUUCUCACUGCCAUGAACAAAGAGAUUCACAAUGCUCAUUCGUCUAUAAUCGACAGCAAGAAAAGGCAGUUGAGUAGCAUUCGGCACGGAGCCCUUCAGGAUCCGUUACCGUCCUGGUACCACACUAGUCGCAUGGUGGCAAAUCUCCCUCUGAUCCACAAGGGCGGCGACUGUCUGUAG